AUGUUCGCAGAACAAAGUGUAGCACCACCACUUCAUGAACCCCCAUUGCGCAAUCCUUCGAAUGCAAACAAGCCGAAUUCUUCAGGCCCUCGCAAUCGGGUACCACCCAGGAAGAAGUCAAUUGCAGUCAAGGGCGCGAAACCUCAAGGGAUAUCAAAGUCUAGGCUCGAGGAGACGAACCGUUCAAAGAGAUCCAAGCCACUCCUCGGAAAAUCGGCUUUCACCACGGCAUCAAACAACGGCAAGACUCUUAAAUCUAUCUUUGGAGACCCCAAUAUCCCCAAAUGCGCCUGGGGUCUCGGUGGCGUCACUGACAUCCAACUCCUCGAGAAUGAGUCUCGCGCCGGCGAUAAGACGUAUAUACGUGGGCCAGAUAAGGUGAUUGGCUCGCUAGGGCAAUGGAGGAGAGCCCACGCCGCGUGGGCCAUUCUCCAGGGUGCCGAGCAAUGUACCAACAAUGAAUUUGCGGGGUCGGCUUCUGGUAGGAAUGGCAACAAGCUACCGAGCAGGUGGCGGUGCGAUGCCCCACAAACAUACACAGGGAUGUUACGAGUUAGCCCCAAUCCCAAAACCCCGCUAAGUACCGCCUAA